AGUCAGCGGCAGCGCUGUUGAGAGGAACAGCACCUUGUGUUCAGUGGACUCCUUAUCAUGCUGCCUUUUACCUUUUUUUAUUUUUAUAAACAAAAAUUGUUAUUCGUAUUUUAAUACUGCUGUUAUAACUUCGGGUAUGAAUUAAACUGUUCGUGUUUUUACGCACGUGAGUUUUACUUUCCCAGGUCAUUUUUUUGAAAAAUCUAUGUGCAGAAACUUCUACUUGAAAUGGACGUUUUGUGGACUUUACCGACAGAGCUGCAUUUGUCUACGCGACUGAUCUGUUCGCCUGUUCCUCAUUUAAACUCUCUUCAUCUUUAUUUGAACUUAAGCACAUUGCCGAGAUCUACUGCCACACCAAAGAUGGAAGCCUCGGUCUUCCACCUAGCUGGAGUUUCUAAGACACCAGCGGUGCAUGCGCAGUACCUGGGGCCGGGUCGGCAAUACAAGAUGGCGGAGACGGUGGGGAGGGAGAGGCGGAGGCGGAUCUGGACUGAGCUAAGCGAAGCCUAUAUUGGAUUCCCGGCAGUCGUCGUUGAGAACAGAUGAAGAAACAUGGCAAGUGACCAAGGUAUGGUGAGGGGUGACCAUGGGACAGUCCUAACCCCAACAAGUUCCUCAAAUCAGGUCCAGCCUCUAUCCCCAACAGCCACUAAACCUGUCCAGGAACUACCAGAUGAGCUGAUCCAGGCAGGAUGGUCUAAAUGCUGGAGCAAGCGUGAAAAUCGUCCAUACUACUUCAAUCGUUUCACAAACCAAUCUUUGUGGGAGAUGCCGGUCCUAGGGCAGCAUGAUGUUAUUUCGGAUCCACUUGGCUUAAAUGCAGCUCCUGCGUCCUCAGAAACUGGGCAAGUGACUACAGAGGCAGUAGUGGACAAUGGGCAGCAUAAAAGACGUCUGUCAGAGGAAGCCAUACCUGAUGCACCCAAUAGCUUCAAGAGACCAAAAGUGGAUGUGCAAGUAAACCCCACAACUCCCACCAUACCCAUCUCCCCAAGUACUACAGGAACUCCACUAUCAAAAACAUGGAAUGCCACAACAGAGGAUAAGCAACUGCCCACCUCGCCAGCCCCUGCACCAUACAGGCCGACUGUGAUUUAUUGGGACUUGGAUAUUCAGACAAAUGCUGUAAUUAAGGAGCGCCCUCCAGUUGAUGUACUCCCUCCCCACCCGGAGGUGGAGCUAAUGAGGUCACAGCUGAUGACAAAACUUCGCAUAAACUACAAGGAGUUAUGCCAACAGAGAGAAGGCAUUGAUCCUCCACGAGACUCUUUUAACCGUUGGCUUUUAGAGAGGAAGGUGUUAGACAAGGGCAAAGACCCACUGCUGCCAAGUGAAUGUGACACUCCUGUGUCUUCAUCUAUGUUUCGUGAAAUCAUGAAUGAUAUUCCCAUCAGGUUAUCUCGAAUUAAAUAUAGAGAAGAGGCUCGCAAGUUGCUCUUUGGAUAUGCAGAGGCAGCUAAGAAGCUGAUAGAGUCUAGGAAUGCAUCUCCUGACAGCAGAAAAGUAGUCAAGUGGAAUGUGGAGGACACUUUCAGUUGGCUAAGGAAAGAUCACUCUGCCACAAAAGAGGACUACAUGGAUCGCCUGGAACACUUACGAAAGCAGUGUGGUCCUCAUGUUACUGCAGUAGCAAAAAAUUCAGUGGAGGGUAUCUGUAGCAAAAUCUACCAUUUGUCCUGUGACUAUGCGCGUCGUAUCAGAGAGCGCCACCUCGCCCUUCUAAAAGAAUGCAACAUCACUGAAAAUAUAGAGACCCCAGAGGUGCAAGAUCGUCUUGUGUACUGUUAUCCUGCCCGCCUGUCCAUCCCUUCUCCUUCACAGCCUCGGGUUGAGCUGCACUUUGAGAAUGAUGUUGCCUGUCUGCGCUUCAAAGGGGAGAUGGUUAAGGUCAGCCGCAGCUACUUCAGCAAGCUGGAGCUUUUAUAUCGGUACAGCUGUGUGGAUGACCCAAGGUUUGAAAAGUUUCUGUCAAGAGUAUGGUGCCUCUUGAAACGAUACCAGGCAAUGUUUGGCAUUGGAGUCCAUGAAGGAACGGGCCUACAGGGGGCAUUACCAAUUCCAGUGUUUGAGGCUUUGCACAAGCAGUUUGGUGUGACUUUUGAGUGUUUUGCUUCACCUCUGAACUGCUACUUCAAACAGUUCUGCUCUGCCUUUCAAGACACAGAUGGCUUCUUUGGAUCCCGUGGACCUUUCCUAAGUUUUUCCCCUGUUAGUGGGUCAUUUGAGGCCAACCCACCAUUUUCUGAAGAGCUUAUGGAUGCUAUGGUAACUCACUUUGAGGAUUUGUUAGAAAGCUCCAAUGAGCCCCUUUCAUUCAUUGUAUUUGUUCCGGAGUGGCGAGAUCCACCUACACCUGCACUCACUCGUAUGGAGAGUAGCCGCUUUAAGCGACAUCAGCUUAGCAUUACUGCAUUUGAACAUGAGUACCGCAGCGGCUCUCAACACAUUUGCAAGAGGGAGGAGAUGUAUUAUAAAGCUGUUCAUGGUACCGCAGUUAUCUUUCUUCAGAAUUCGGCUGGAUUUGCCAAAUGGCCGCCUACUCCUGAACGUAUCCAGGAGCUGAUGGCUGCUUACCGGGUGUCUGGGCGAACGCUGUCCUCCCAGGGGACCACGUCUACUUCAGCCAGCAAUGCUGAGAAAGAAAAUGAAGCUGGCAAAGAACAGGGGACAAGCAAAGAUGUGUCUUCACGGGAUAGUUCAAGUCGGGACAACAAGAAUCUCACUACAGCAUCACUGGAGACAACAAGCGUGUAAAUGAUGGGGGACGGGGGGCUAUUUUUAAGGCUGUCUGACAGGCUGGACCUGAGAAAGGAGUAUUUGUAUAUACCUGGUCCCUGGUGGACUUGUUUUCUAAAUUUAAAAUGAACUGACAUGCCAUUUAACAAAAAUUAACAUGACUGAUUACACGGAAACUGGGGGCACUUAGUGCCCAGUUUCAGUUAAGCCUGGCAAUACUGCCUUGUGACUUGGUUGGUAAAACUGUCCUGGACCUGGCUGGAACAAGCGUAUUUAUCGGCAUGUCUUCAGCAAGGCAGCUAUAUAAUCCUAAUUAUGAACUCUCUUCACCUGUUCUAUCCUUCCCACUUGCUGUACCACUUCUGUAAGAUGGUAUUUGUCACCAGCAAAGACCUAUAGACACUGGCAAGGCCGUAUGUAUCAGAGCUGUGUGUGUGGAAUUACUUGUUCGUUUUUACUCAGAGUGAAUUUAUUCUUUUACUGUUUUUAUUUUGCAUAAAAGUGACUGAAGUGCAUUUUUAAAAGCUCGUAAAUAAGGGGGAGGUCAGCAGAGCGAGAUGGUUAUAAGGGUUAGACAUAAGUUUACAGGAGAAAGCAUGUAAGAGCAUGGGAAUCUUUGACCUCAACAUGCAAACACACACCCCAUGCAAGGUUGACUCCUGUCUUUUGUCCAGUGUGGCUGGGAUAGGCUCCAGCCCUUACCACCAUAGCAUGUACAUGACUUUAAGUGGGUUUAAAAAGGAAAUAAUGAAUGAAUGCAUAACCCUUUGAACUUUUCCCGGCUGCAGUUCUCGUGAAUAAAUGCUACAUCAGAGGAAUGUAAUUUGGCGUCACCAAUGAUAAAUUAAAGUCUGUCAAAAUUAAGCAUAGAAUUACUUUAAGAUUUGUUUUGUUCAUUUUACUUUUUGUAUAUUUUUAUGUAAAUCCUUUACUUUUGUGGUUUUAAGUACUACAAAUGUAGUUUUUCUGUACACCAACUGUCAGGUGUACAAGUUCACCUUUUUCAUGUAUCCUAUUUUAAGGUGUUUCUGUACUCCCUUAUAAAGAAAAGAUGAUUGCCAGUAUGGUUUUAAUUGGCGGUUUGUAAUUGUCCUUUGGGGAAGAGAAAGGUGCAGGCUACUUGACCCACCAGUUUCCUGCCUGCUUCUGUUUACUUUCAGUUUACUUUGUAAUUUGUUUAGUUACUCUCUACUAUAGCUGCCAUUAUUGCAGAUACUGAAGAAAUGCGGUUUGUCCCUUCAGUGUAAAAAUUGUAUGGAAGUGGAAGCAGAUCAUAAAUUUAAGAAGCUCUGCUUCACUGUGGCUUAUUUAAUUUUGGAGUCCAUCGGAGGGGUUGUCUUCUGUGUUGUGAUGUAAUAUAAAUAAGCAUAUAUAGAUGUGUGUACGUAUAUGUAUAUAAAUAUAUAAAGAGAGACGUAUAAAUAUAAAGUUUUCCAUUGCAUGUUUGUGCCUGAAGUGCACACCACCAGUUAAAUCAUCUCUGCAUGCAUCACCUGCCACCCCUUCCUUCUUCAGAAGUGUCUGUUUGUUUCUUGACAUUUUUUUUCAUAAUGGUUGGACAAGUUCAUUGUGAAGGGUGUUUUUUUUGUUUUUUAAUUAGUUGCGUUCUCUUAUUCAUUUUUGAAGCUAGGAUGCAGUUGGUUCAAGUCUUUCUUGGACAUUUAUUUUUGAAUAAUUUCAACAACAUUUGUUGUUUAAUGUAUGUGUUUAAUUUUGUGUUUUUUGUUUGUUUUUUCUUGUGGCUGACUGAUGAGCAGAUUAGUUGGCGGAUGCAAAGUGGCUUGGGAGAGUGGUAUGCAGUUAAGGAGGUGUACAAGUCAGACUUUCUUACUGCAAUAUGUAGAAAAAAUGAUUGUACAGUAUAUAUGACGUUUAAAAUAGGUUGCAGUUUUGUGCAUUUUGUAUACUUUUACUACAUUGUAUUCACAACUAGGGAAAAACUGUGUUCUUGUUGAAACAUGAAUUUGGAAAUUUAAAAAAACUGGAAGUGCCUGUGCCUUUUCCUUUUUCACUUCUCGUCGUUAGUGGGUAGCGAUGACUGGAUUAUGUCCUGUAAAGUUUUUGAGGCUUCUUUCUGGUUGUGCUGGAAAGAGAUCUGAAACUUUUGAAAAUGCAGUAGUUUCAUCUGGUAAUUUAUAGAAAUCAUAAAGCACGAGCUUGGAGGGAGCACACAAAAAAAAA